AUGCCACUCGAUGUUGUUUCUGACGACGACGACAUCGAUCUGUUUAAAGAGGACCCACCUGAGGCUGACCAUGAGGGCGGGGCCCCUAUUGUUGCUGACGUCAUUCUUCCCAUCGCUGAGGCCCCUGCAGAGGAGCUUCCAGUUGAUUCACCUGUCCCAGAUUCCUUCGAGUCUAUGGCAUCUGCGUCCGUACACACUCAGGGAGUGCAGCAUCACUCUGUAGACGCCGACCCAGACAUGGCGUUAUCCGCUGCACCUGCUCCCGCACACGACUUUGAGUUUGAUCACGAGCCUGUCGUGGCCCCUGAGCCAGUCGUUGUUUCUGAUCCCGCAUUAGAGCAUGACCCUGUUCAUGAUGAUGCACCAGCCAUUGCACCCUUUGUUGAUGAUAUACCCGUAGCUGGUCAUCCUGUUGUUGCUCCACCGUUAGUGGAUGAUCAUGUUGUUGACGCUCCACUCUUGAUAGAGGAUCAUGUUGUUGCACCAUUUCCUGAUCCUGUGCCGGUGCUGUUCGACCGCGCACCUUUUGCUACCCAUAUAGAUCCACAUUACGCCGACACCCGUAACGGGUGGAUUGAUGACGAUGACGAUUACCCACCUUUUUUGCGACCUGUUACACCACCAGUAGCCCCCGUUUCAGCACCCAUUUCUGCACCCACUGAUACCCCGUUGUUUCCCCCACACACCACAGAUGCUCAUCGCACAUAUCUUCCUGUUACGUUCCUCCAGGACAUACCGCCACUGUGUCCUGGAGAGGGGUCAUCUAGACAGCCGCCUGUUCCUGUUCCACCCAUGCUGUCAUCACCUUUUCCAUUCACAUCACAGUUUCCCCAUGUUGCACCAUCUACUGCACCAUCCUUCACUCCGUCGAGCGAGCCAUUUCUAUGGACUACGCCCCCUAUCAUGCCACUGUCUGAUCUGUAUCACCCAUACCAUGUUAGGUAUUCUAUGGAGGACAUACUCACAUCGUUGAUGAUACAGCAGGAGGCACUGACCCGUCGUAUACAAGAGCUAGAGAGAGCUCAGCGACCACCUUGCCAUUGUCAGACCCCAUUUUCAGCACCGCACACACCACGUCCACUUUCACCCGACUCAGACUUUCGCUUCAUGACUUCUGAGCAGCAGAUAGCAUAUUUGCUGCGUGUCUGUCGUGCUUUAGAGCAGGACUGUUGA